CGUCCUUCCCUCCACCUCCACUGGACCCCGUCUCUGUCUCUCCUCUCCUCGUCGUCUCCCCGUACGCGCCCUCGCUCUCCCCCUCUCUCCACACAAGCCACCUGCCACCCAGCUCGUCUCUCGCCUCCAACUCGUUCUCCUCCUCCCCAACAGGGCCCACCGGUCACGCCUCAACCUCAACACCGGCCUCACAUCUCGCGCAGAUCUUUUAUCACGUUUAAUUCCCUCGUGCGCCGAGCCGUUCGCCGUCCUCACUUCAUCGCUCCAGUCCUUGUCCCGUACUCAGCGCAUCCGGAUCCCAUGUCGGGCGCCGUCGCCUCCUCGUCCUCGGCUUUCCUCCUCCUCGUCGCCUCCUCUUCGCCGCGGCGCAGGCGGAGCAGAGUGGGCGCUGCUCUGCGCUCGUACGGGGGCGCGGCCGGGUUGCGGUUGCAUUGGGAGCGGCGGGGCCCGUCUCGGGAUGGAGCGGUGGUGGCGUGCGCCGUGGCGGCUGGGGGUGCUGAUGACGCGGCGAAGGCAACGGCGCCGGGGGAGAGCUCCAAGUCGAAGGGGGUCGCCGUGCAGGGCAGCAAGGCCAAGGCUGCAGAAACCAAGGAUUCUGCUUCGUCACCGAAAUCUGUGACAUCCGCGCCGAAGCAACGUCGCCGCGCGGCAAAGCAAAACGGGGCGCUAGGGAGCAGCAGUGCUAGCAAAUCCGCCGCGCCGCGGUCUAAACCCAAACCCGAGCCGUCAGCUCCUGCCUCCGAGUCCAAGGCCGAAACGGAUGGCACUGCGCAGGUUGCGGAAUUGAAGCCCGCGUUGGAUGACAGGAACAAUACUGGUGUCGCCGAACCGGCGGAAGCUAAGGCUGAUGCCGGUGCUGCGGUUACAGAUACGGCGGCGAGUUCUGCCGAUGAUAGUGAGGGCAAGGACUCUGGCCCUUUGGCUGGGCCAAAUGUCAUGAACGUCAUCGUGGUGGCUUCUGAAUGUUCUCCUUUCUGUAAAACAGGUGGUCUCGGAGAUGUCGUGGGUGCUUUGCCCAAGGCUUUGGCAAGAAGAGGACAUCGUGUUAUGGUCGUGAUACCAAGGUAUGGAGAGUACGCAGAAGCCCGGGAUCUAGGUGUCCGCAGACGUUACAAGGUAGCUGGACAGGAUUCAGAAGUGACUUAUUUUCACUCAUACAUUGAUGGAGUUGAUUUUGUGUUCCUAGAAGCCCCUCCCUUCCGGCACCGGCACAAUGAUAUUUAUGGAGGAGAAAGAAUGGAUGUUUUGAAGCGCAUGAUUUUGUUCUGCAAGGCUGCUGUUGAGGUUCCAUGGUACGCUCCAUGUGGUGGUACCGUCUAUGGAGAUGGCAAUUUAGUUUUCAUUGCUAAUGAUUGGCAUACUGCACUUCUGUCAGUAUAUCUAAAAGCCUAUUACCGAGACAACGGCUUGAUGCAGUAUACUCGCUCUGUUCUUGUGAUACACAACAUUGCUCAUCAGGGCCGCGGCCCUGUAGAUGACUUCUUCAAUUUUGACUUGCCUGAACAUUACAUCGAUAACUUCAAACUGUACGACCCUGUUGGUGGCGAUCACAGCAACGUUUUCGCUGCCGGGCUAAAGAUGGCAGACCGGGUGGUCACCGUCAGCCAUGGCUACCUGUGGGAGCUGAAGACGUCGGAAGGUGGCUGGGGGCUCCACGACAUAAUCAACCAGAACGAUUGGAAGCUGCAUGGCAUCGUGAACGGCAUUGACAUGAGAGAAUGGAACCCCGCGGUCGACGUGCACCUGCACUCCGACGGCUACACCAACUACACGUUCGAGACGCUGGAUACCGGCAAGCGCCAGUGCAAGGCCGCCCUGCAGCGGCAGCUGGGGCUGCAGGAACGCGACGACGUGCCGCUCAUCGGGUUCAUCGGGCGGCUGGACCACCAGAAGGGCGUCGACAUCAUCGCCGACGCGAUGCCGUGGAUCGCCGGGCAGGAUGUGCAGUUGGUGAUGCUGGGCACGGGACGCCCCGACCUGGAGGACAUGCUGCGGCGGUGCGAGGCGGAGCACAACGGCAAGGUGCGCGCGUGGGUGGGGUUCUCGGUUCCCAUGGCGCACCGCAUCACGGCGGGCGCGGACAUCCUGCUGAUGCCGUCGCGGUUCGAGCCAUGCGGGCUGAACCAGCUCUACGCCAUGGCGUACGGGACCGUGCCCGUGGUGCACGCCGUGGGCGGGCUCCGCGACACGGUGGCACCGUUCGACCCGUUCGGGGACGCCGGACUCGGGUGGACGUUCGACCGCGCCGAGGCGAACCGGAUGAUCGACGCGCUCGGGCACUGCCUCAACACGUACCGGAACUACAAGGAGAGCUGGCGGGGCCUGCAGGCGCGCGGCAUGUCGCAGGACCUGAGCUGGGACCACGCCGCGGAGCUGUAUGAGGACGUGCUCGUCAAGGCCAAGUACCAGUGGUAGAGUUAAUUGGUGACGCCGACGCCCCUCCUGCACUGGACCUGGAGACGCGGGCGUUUGAUUCAGGCGGCUGGCUCUUCCCGGCUUGGUGCGUCGGGCGACGGUGGUUGGCGCGCCGGGGGAAUGCAUUGUGCUCAUAAAUGGGGAACAGUGGUGGAGUUUGUAUAUUACCAAUUUUCUCAUCUAACUGGAUAUCACAAGGUUCUUGACACCAUGCAUGAACUGCAGAACUUGUGUGCGAAGGGUAGGUAGCAAAAAUUGUUCUAUUAGUUAUGAUUGUGAUUUUAGUAAUUAAUUAUAAUAUAGUUAUUGAGAUUAACAUGUUUGUCAAGAAUA